AUGCGAGCCGUAGAGACAGCGAUCACAAUCAUCAUCGUCGCUGAGGACUCUGCGCUUAUAACGCCAUACUCAAUCAUGGCGCCGGUAGGCUUGAUCCAUAUGCCCAACGAACUUGUUGCCAAAAUCUUAGAUUACACCUCAACGAGCUCACUCAGGCUCUACAUAUCUAUCUUCUACGAUCCAAGACAUCGGAGCAAAGAAGAAAUUCCACACGUGAGCAUAAGAAUAUACAGCUUAGACGCUCUUGUGGUUUCAUUGGAAGAGAACGAGCAUUUACGCGGUCUCGUGGUGGAGGCGAAGCUGAAAUGGGGCCAGCUUCUAGGUGUGAUGGACGCAAACGAGAAGGCAACCACGCGUCUUCUGAGUCUCUUACCCAAUCUGCAAACGCUGCCAUAUUUACUUCACUCACGCGGGAUCAGUGCAGAUCACCUCUCUUCAUAUCUGCAUGCGACAGAGCGGAACACUGGGCAUGCAGCUGCUUGA